AACUGAGCAGUGGGACUUUCUGGUGAAACGGUAAACACAGACUCCGGACAGUAUUUAAGGACUCUACAGCGGAGAGUCGCUUACAGUUUGUCUCUCAGCGCGAAUAUUUGCACAUUUCAUGACUCCUGAGCCUGAAAUCUGCUGCGUUUGAGCUCAACACUCACCUGCACUGAAGCCUUGUCACUACAGAAAUGUCUCAUCCAAAACCGCUGCUCAAGCCGUGGCUGUGGGCCAGGAUUGACAGUGGCAAGUUUCCUGGUGUAAUCUGGACAAACUCAGAGAAAACAGAGUUCUCCAUCCCCUGGAAACACGCUUUGAGACAGGACUCCUCUGACAUCGACAGCCUCAUCUUCAAGGCCUGGGCUGAGGUGAGCGGAAAUGGCCGGGCUCAGGGAGACGCCUCAGUCUGGAAGAGGAACUUCCGCAGUGCCCUCCGAGCUAAAGGCUUCAAAAUGGUUUCCGAUAACAAGAACGAUGCAGCAAACCCCCAUAAAGUGUUUCACUGGCCGGAUGAGUCGGCAUCAGGAGCUAACUCUUCUGCUGGAUCCCAGGAACAAGAUGAAGCUGAUUUGUUUGAGGAUUAUGGCCUCACUACACAAGACAGCCAGCUUGGUUCAUGCUUUGAUGACUGUCUCUACCUUCCAGAAGACACUGCCUAUCUUCCAGCAGAAUCCUCAGCCAGCCAGGAUAUUCUCCAAGAGUGUCUGAAGGGACUGAACAUUGGCCCUGCAGCAGAGGCAACCGCAGCCUUUGAGCCUCCUCCCGAGCAACAGCAGCUCCAGAAUCAGGUUGCGAUUGGUGGAUGCGCGUUGCCUGGGCAACAGCAGUAUCCAGUAACGUUUGAGGGUGCAGCCGGUGAAACUGGGUUGCCUGAGCAACCAGCACGUCCAAUAGGGGGAGCAGUGGGAGGGGCCUGUGAUGGGCAGUUGGCGGCACAGUUCCUACAUACAAUGAACAAGACUAGAGAUGGAGAUAAUUUCAAGACUCACUUCAGGAUCUUGGUGUACUACAGAGGGGUGAAGGUGUCUGAGCAGACGGUUGAGAAUGAAGCAGGAAUCCGCUUAGUCUACAGCCCUGAGCUCAAGGGGACAGUCUUGGAUCAUGAGUCAGGCCUCUCCCUGGUCUCUCUGCCAACUCCUGGAGUCAUGCUGGAUCAAACUCAAGCCAAUCUGACCCAACGGAUUCUCGACAAACUGGGCGACGGUCUGGACUUGGGGGUGUCCAGCCACGUGGUGUACGGCCAGCGACGGGGUGAAAUCAAAGCGUUCUGGAGCUUCUCCAAGUUCGACCAGAACCAGCAGCCCCAAGAGGUUUCUAAACUGCAUCCGCAAGUGCUUUACCAGUUCAGGGACUUUGUGCGGGGAAUACUGGACUUCAUCAACGGCAAAGACAGUCCUCCCUGCUCCCUGUUCUUCUGUCUCGGGGAGAAGUGGCCUGACAGCCGGCCUUGGGAGAAGAAGCUCAUCACAGUGGAGGUGGUCCUGACUUCAAUGGAGUUUCUGAAAAAUUUGGCCGUUGAAGGUGGUGCCUCCUCCCUGCAGUCUGUGGAGCUGCAGAUGUCCCUCGAAGAGAUGAUGGAGUUGUACUGAUGCAAUCUGCUGAGCCUGAAAGUCAAUGUUUACCUUUUUUUUAAAAAAAGAAUCCUCAAUCUUGACGUGAAAAGCUUAAAGGUCUAUAAACAUUUUAGGUCCUGAAGGUACACCAAACGGAAUAGAUCAUGUAAUAAUAACAAUAAUAACUGGAAUAAUAAUUAUGCUAGUGUUGGAUUGGCUGGUAUGUCACAAGGGACCGAACAUAUUUACAACAUGGAUAAUGCUCAACAUAAAUAUGCGGUUAUUUAUACUUUGAUAUUUAAAUGUAAAUCACUGAUUUGAUAGGAACUUUCUUACGAAAAUAAUACUAGUAACGGUGCUAGUGUAAGAGAAUGACCCAAAGAAAAAAGCUCUGUCACUCAGCUCAACAAGUAAACCAUAACUGUUUCCA